CGUCGACUACACGAGAAACAAACAAGUAAAGAAGGAGAAGAAAGGCGGGCGCGGUCACGUCUGGAUUUCACCAUUAGUUUUCCCGAUUUUUCAGAUCCCUCAGAUUUUGUUUCGCUUCGUUCCGAUUCAUGGCCGGUCGUUACGAUUCCAACCCCUUCGAUGAAGAAGAAGUCAAUCCAUUUGCUGGCCAAUCUGGUCGAGCAAAGGGUUCAGGUCAACCAAGCUAUGGAAGUGGUGCAUUUUAUAUGAUGAAUCCUGGCAGUGUCCCUCCUGCUGCACCUUCAAAGCUUUCACCUCUUCCGCCUGAUCCUGUUGAUUACGAUCGUGGUGCCACUGUUGAUAUCCCGCUUGAUGGCUCAAAGGAUAUGCGGAAGAAAGAGAAGGAACUCCAAGCUAAGGAGGCUGAGCUGAAAAAAAGAGAGCAGGAACUGAAAAAGAGGGAAGAUGCAGCUGAAAGAGCUGGAAUUGUUCUAGAAGAGAAAAACUGGCCUCCUUUCUUUCCAAUUAUUCACCAAGAUAUUGCCAAUGAAAUUCCAGUUCAUUUGCAGAGAUUGCAAUAUGUUGCAUUCACAACAUUGUUGGGCUUGGUUGGUUGCCUGCUGUGGAAUCUCAUUGCAGUUACAUUAGCCUGGAUUAAGGGGGAAGGUCCAACUAUUUGGUUUCUUGCCGUUAUCUAUUUUAUAUCAGGAGUUCCAGGGGCAUAUGUCUUGUGGUAUCGUCCUCUUUAUCGUGCAAUGAGGACAGAUAGUGCUCUAAAGUUUGGAUGGUUUUUCUUGUCCUACGGGUUUCACAUCUUGUUCUGUGUCUUCGCCGCAGUUGCUCCUCCAAUCAUAUUCAAGGGGAAGUCUCUCACAGGGAUCCUGCCUGCAAUAGAUGUUUUGAGCAAUAGUGUUAUUGUUGGGAUAUUUUAUUUCAUUGGAUUUGGAUUUUUCGCAUUUGAGUCCGUCGUUAGCGUCUGGUUGAUUCAGCAAGUUUACAUGUACUUCCGAGGCAGCGGGAAAGAAGCACAAAUGAAGCGUGAAGCUGCGAGAAGAACCAUGAUGGCUGCAAUUUGAUUCAUCACAUGCUAAAUGACAGUUGUGCCCUUGUUGAUGGACAAGAUUUUAUGGUAGCCUUAAAUGAUUUGGAUUUUCGGGAUUACCCGAUGCAUGAAAGGAGAGGAGGGGCAGGAAGUUUCCGAGGCAGUAACAAAGUGUUUUUAUUUUUUAGGCUUAAAGACCAUGGAUAUCAAAUUGUUGUAUUGUUAUUAUUAGCACAUAUUUUGAUUUGAUUUGAUUUUGAAAUCACAAUAUAUUAAUUAAUA